UAAUGCGCAAGAAUUACAGUGGCUAAUUUCCGAAUUUUCUGAAAUUAACCGAGUGAGGCGUCUCUCUCUCUCUCUCUCUCUCUCUCUCUCUCUCCCUCUCUCUCUCUCUGAGUUCCCUCCUCUUUUUUCCCUGCACCGCGCGGCGCACAGCGGAUGGGUGAAGAGCGACCGAGAGCGCAACUCGUGCGCGCAUCUGUAUCGAGAUUUAACCAUCAAAAGCAUCAGCCCCAUCACCGGAACGUGCCGGCCUUUCGGACGGAGAGCUCAGGGGGGGUCACCGGAAAGCUUUGAAAGCGCGCACCACCGCAAAAAGAGUGCCAUGCCGUUUGGCUGUUUAACACUCGGAGAGAAGAAGGACUACAACAGUCCCACAGAUAUCACAGACAGAUAUGAUCUCGGCCAGAUUGUUAAAUCGGAAGAGUUCUGCGAGAUCUUUCGAGCCAAGGACAAGACAACUUCGAAAAUGUACACCUGCAAAAAGUUCCUGAAGAAGGACGGGAGGAAAGUGCGCAAGGCUGCGAAGAAUGAGAUUUUCAUUCUGAAGAUGGUGAAGCAUCCUAAUAUUCUCCAGCUGGUGGAUGUCUAUGAGACGAGAAAAGAAUAUUACCUCUUCUUGGAACUUGCUACUGGUAGAGAGGUGUUUGAUUGGAUCCUGGACCAGGGUUACUACUCCGAGAAAGACACCAGCAAUGUGAUUCGGCAGGUGCUGGAGGCUGUGGCAUACCUGCACUCCCUCAACAUCGUCCACCGCAAUCUGAAGUUGGAGAAUCUGGUGUAUUACAACCGCCUGAAGCACUCCAAAAUAGUUAUCAGUGAUUUCCACCUGGCCAAGCUUGAGAAUGGGCUUAUUAAAGAACCUUGUGGGACUCCAGAGUACCUGGCUCCAGAGGUUGUUGGGAGACAGAGAUAUGGCCGACCCGUGGACUGCUGGGCGCUUGGAGUGAUCAUGUACAUACUACUUUCUGGAAACCCUCCGUUCUACGAUGAAGCAGACGAUGACGAUUACGAAAACCAUGACAAGAAUCUGUUUCGCAAAAUUCUGGCAGGAGAUUACGAGUUUGAUUCGCCGUACUGGGACGAAAUCUCCGACUCAGCUAAAAGUUUAGUAGCACGUCUCAUGGAGGUCGACCAAGAUCAGAGACUCACAGCGCAGGAAGCCAUCAACCAUGAAUGGAUAUCUGGAAAUGCUGCCUCAGAUAAAAACAUCAAGGAAAAUGUGUGUGCACAGAUGGAGAAGAAUUUUGCAAGAGCCAAGUGGAAGAAAGCCGUGCGUGUCACGACCAUCAUGAAGAGGCUGAGAGCUCCGGAGCACCACCAAACUGCCGCUGCAGCUCAAUCCAGUGAGGGAGCCACAAACCCUGCAGGAGGAGCACAGGAAAAUCCCCAGGCUCCAGCUGAGGCCUCCACGUCCCCCGCAGGCACAGAGCCCCCUGCUGGUCUGGAGGCAUCUAACGCAGAAGCUUCUUCAUCACGGUGCAACGGUGAAUCUCCUGCUCCCCCGUCUUUCGCCACACAGACCGGAGACGAGCAGAACGGUUAAAGUCUGUCCCUCUAUCCAACCUUUCCCGCAUCCCUCGCAGCAAACCCUGAGCUCUGUAAAUUAGCAUCUAGCAUGGUCACCCUGAGCCUGCUUCGCUCUCACGGUAACAUUAGCAGCGCCAGCGUCGUCUUGCAGAGCCUCGUCGACGUCUUUUCCUGAGCUUUGUCUUUUCUUGUUACGACAGCUGUAUUUGCUAAUCCUACAAGCCAUACUGUCACAUACGCUAUAAAAACAGUUACAUACUCUACAAAAACAUGAGGAUUUGCUUUGCGUUAAUUGUGUUAUACACAUAUAGAAUUUAAAAAAGAUAUAAAUAGAAAAGGGUAUUACUUUGCCAAAUUUGGGAACUUUCAUGGGAUUUUUUAGUAAAGUAACAAACUCUUUGAUGUACGCCUUACAAUAUUUGUCGCUACUCAGAGGUGCCAACAUUAGUAUUAGUUAUUAGUAUAGCUGUAGUAUUUAUUUCUGACUCCGGCGAUAUAGAAAACACCUUAAAGACUAUGCUUUUCUACUUUCUCAAGUUAGACCAAAUGCAAAAAUAAUUCACUUGGCGGAAAAUUCACUGAAGGGGAAAGGACAGAUUUGCUUCUGUUAGAGGUUAAUAUACUUCGAUCUGUGAAUUCACAAGCCUCAGUGUUGUGAGCCAAUAGAAAACAAGUGGGCAGGACUGUGCUCUCUUUGGUUGGUUCAAAAAUUGAGGAGCUGCUUAUUAUUAAUUAGCGAUCCCAUUGAACUUUUGCCCAACAGUUUCAGCUAUGUUGGCACCUUUGGGUACAGCUUCGCUCCUGUGCUCAGGAAAGCACGCCGUGGCUCGUUAGCAAUUGUAAAAUUUCUGUAAAUACUAAACUCCAGAGAGACGUAGCCAAAAACAGCAUGCGUUUUACGAUUACUGUUUAUUUCAUACAAGUCCUGCCAACCUGUGUGUCGACAAAGAUGUCUGACUAUCGGCCUUACACGGAGAAUUUUGUCCCUCCUGGUUCAGCCAUUUCUAUGUCAUAUUUACAUAUUUAAAUAUUGAACAUUAAAUAACAUAAGAUUUAUAUGAAAAAUGCGCUACAUGCUAUACUUUAUCUAGGCUGAAGUUUGUUUGAUGGUUAAGGGAUUUGAAGUAUGCAGUCGGAACAAGGUGCACAGCUAGCUUUAGAUCUGCAUGGUAGCUCGGCAAAUGAAAACACGGUAUUCACAAAUUGGUUGUUAUUGGACUGUAUAAGGAAAUGAUUAGAUUUUUUUUUUUUUGUAAAUUACAUUUACUACAUUUUAAACGGCAUACGCAAGCUACACAUUAGUCGUUCAUUUGGUUUGGCUAGGUUGCAUUAAGCCAUGCUCUGCUAAGAACACUAUACUCUUACUGUUUGUUAGUUAAAUGUAACGUGUUCGGUGUUUUAGCUACUAUGCAUUCGAGGUCAGCAGUUUAUAUCCAUUAAAACGAAUGCGAUGUCAGACACACAACUGCAUUAAUUAUUUAUAAUAAGAAAACUUUCAUGUUUCACCAAAAGAUUCAGCCAAGAUAUGUUUGGUGGCUUAUGCUUGCUUUUUGAGCUACAAACCUAAUUUAGUGGAAAUCUUUUAACUUCAAACAUCAUUAAGCUUCGUAAUCUCACUUUUGAAGAAAUUAUUAUAGCAGCUCCACCUUCUGCUUUGGGAGGCGGAGCCUAAGGGGGCUUUGGUGUUGAUACCAAACAUCAACGCUGCCAGCAUUUAAAAAUGAUUCUGGUUGUCCAAGAUGGCCACCCAAAUAUCGGUGCAGUGAUCAGCUACACUGUGAGGUUUUGUCCAUGUUUAUAGAUUAAAUUAAGUCUUAAACCUACUGAAGAAAUUUUGGAUUUGGAGUGAUCCAUUACUCGUUAGCAACAUCAGCGUCAUAGCCAGUAGCUCCAAGAAUGUCUUGGCUGAUCAACUACAUUUACACAAUAUUGGAGAAAUAUUUAUUUAUUUAUUUAUUUAUUUAUUUAUUUAAUACUCUUCCUUUAAUCCCUUAACCCCUGCUUAGGAUGUGCUCGGUUUAUAAUUCCUUUUCUGUCUACGCUCUGAAAUACGAACACAUACAAUACAAAUAUAUAAUAUGGAAGAAUAAAUAAGAGUAUCAUAUUUUAUCAUUAGUUACAUAAAAUAACAUUCUUUAUAUGUGUGCAAUUCUGUAUUAAAACAUUAUAAACUACAGAUAUGUAUUAAUCCAUUGUACAGUAUUCUGUUCUACUUAUUUUAAUACGUGUUUAAUAUAUUUUCCGUAUAUAUUUAGACAUUUCCAUGCAUUUUAGCAUGAAGUACACAGGAAACUCACGAGCUCAGUCUCCUGCUCCAGUUCAGCCAGCGUGACUGAGGAGACGGACGUGUGUGUGUGUGGUAAAGUGACAGGAGUGAGAGUGUGUUCGGCAUAAACCAGAGCAAUAGUCGACCUACUGCGAUACUGUGACGCGUGUUCCUGCUGUUCGCUCUUGCGCUGUUCAAAUGGCCUAAAUGUGCUCGUGUUAGCGUCGGAAUGCUGGGAGGUUCAUCAUGGCUGCGUUCCAGUACUGUUUUAACGAGCCCUCAUCAACCAUUACUGUGUCCUCAUGGACACAGUGUUACGUUAAUAUAUUACCGUAUUAUGUUUAGGACCCCUUGGAGUCCAAACCUACGUUAAGACUAGCAAGUGACAAGUCACUCAUGUCUCUUGUGGGUGUGUAGCAACCGCUACUAGCGUUGCUUGUGGGCGUGGCCUAUCCAGCUCUUUUAUUACAUUCCGACAAGAAACUGUAGUAGCUAUAUAUAGCUACUAAACUAGUUAAACACAAAUUAAAUAACUCACUAUUCAUUGUGACGGUGGUUUGAUUUACGUUAUGUGCUCGGCUUCGUUGGUCGAUAAGCACUAGCUACGUACACUCAGCGGAGGCAAUGACAAUCUGCUACUUCCUUCCAUGCUUUUUUCUCCGUAUACACGUGUCUAUACACAUUUAAUAAGGGGUUGUAUAAGACAGGAUAAGAUGAAACAAUGUUUAUGUUUUUCCUCCAUUUUUGCAUGUCAAACAGUUGUCAAUGGAAAGCUGAAGAAACAUCGGGCCACAUCAUAGCGCUAUAGGACUGGUCCGAGGAAUCAUUCAAGCCAAUCGUUUGGAUUUGUCACAUCUUUACAGCGUGAUACCUAAUUUACAACCAAUUUAUAAAAAAAUCUCAACUUGUUACAGGUUGCACAUUGAAAAUGAAUGAUCUCCUGCUGUUUGUCGCUUGCUCGUGUGAAUGCAGCAUAGCCUCAACACUGUAGAGUUUAUGUAGAAUUCCUCGCAAACCAAUUCUAACAGGAAACGUAGAAAGAAGCAAUAAAGUACUUAAUGUGUCAAGAAAUACAAGCUAACAUUCGAUGUGCUGUGUUUAAACUGAUUAUUAUGUAGCCAGCCUACCAAUGGAUGGAACUUUAUUACGUUAUCCUGUUAGUUUGUUAGCAGGCCAGGUAGUUAGCUAGCUAAUAUAGCUAUGUACAACGGAAAUGGGUCAUACCUAUGGCCAAAGAACUCUUCAGCUACUGCUGUGGAAAUCAAAUGUGUCCAUGCUAACUCCGCUACAUGCUUGCGCUCGUUUUGAUAUAGCCGAUGUCUCAACUCGAUGAGGGCAAGUUGAAAACAGUUCUGGAGCGUAGGGCGUGGCUUCAAAUUGCGUAUCCGUCAACUGAACUUCCUGUGUUGUCACUUUAGGGAACGUUAAGGGCCUUGGUGCUUGUGCCAGCUAGCUAACUUUGAAACGGGAAGUAACUGAUAACAGUCACUUGUGAGCAGCCAUUUCCUACAGCAAAUUAUGCACAUCUGGUUCAGUUUUAAACUUAUAUAAUGGGAGUUUGGUUUUCUUUGUGUUUGAGUCUUUUAAAGCAAAUUUAGUCCCUAACUUAACUUUUAACUAUUAUCCAAAAUGAGCAGAUUGACUAAAACCAUCUGCUAAUGAAUUCAAAAAUUACUCAAAUGAUGAAAAGCUCCAUCAAAAAUAUUUUACUUCUCAAGAAACUUCAGACGUUUCCCAGCCUCUAACCUCUGUACUUCCAUGCUAAAGUCAGUGAAUCCUUUAAUUCUAGCAUGUUAGCAAGCAGAGUGUUUCUCUGGCAGGUUUUAAAUUCAUUGGCAUUUCUUGUUUAAAAACAUCGCCAUGUUCACACAAACAUUGUUUAUCAGAAUUAACUAGCUAAAUGUGUUCGCAAUCUACAAGCACUCGGGUCCUUUUCGGGCUAGCAUAGCGGCUAGGUGAACAGAAACGUAGCAAAAUCGAUGGAAGAGGCUUCAGAGGUUGUGUUUGUAAAGGCUGUAUUCAUGGAUUUCAUCGAGAAAGUGUAUGUUUGUGCUGAAAUCUGGUUUUCAUGUAUUUUACAUCCAUUUUUACACAAAAAGGGAACUAUGUGAAUAUAUCAGUGCUGUGUUUGUUCAUUGUUUCCUUUUUUUUUUCUUUUAUUUGUCUUCAUGAAUCUUUCUGGUUGUUGUAUAUUAUUUGAAACUGUAUCAAACUAAUAAAUUCUUAUUGUUUUUUUUUUUUUUAAAUUAUUUUAUUUGACAGCGAUAACCAGGAGGGUUAGAGUAAAACUUUUUACGUUACGUGUUGGGUAAAAUUUUUACAGACUACAUGUACACACUUAGACCGCGAUAAAAUACUGUGUUAAUACGACUCAAAGCAAUGCUUUUUUAGCGCAGAACAUUUGCAUCAUAGUGUGUUGGGUGUUGAGUUGUUGAUUUUUUUCUUGUUGUAGUCGAUACUGUGGUUGUUCAUGGGCGUGCAAGCUCUGCUCACCUGGAGCUCUCACUCUCUCUCUCUCUCUCUCUCUCUCUCUCAUCUUUAUCCUCUGCAUUCUUCUCAGUUUCGUCCAUUUGAUGGUAAUAAAUUAAAAAUAACUACAAUAAUGCUCAAAAAAUAAAGUAAAAAAUGAGUCAA